AGAGAGAGAGAGAGAGAGAGCUUGUUAAAGGGACGCAUGCAGAGCCUCGGUUCGGUGCAACACCAGCCUGCACAACCACCUCACAUCCUCCACCGAUAUACGCCCAAUGUCUUUUUAAUUGAACCCCUUUUACUCCCGCUCGGCAUUGCUGCAGGACUAGGAUGACUGGAAAGACCCUGACCAGCAACGUUACCAACAAGAAUGACCCACGCUCCCUCAACUCCCGCGUCUUCAUCGGCAACCUCAACACGGCCGUGGUAAACAAGAGCGACAUUGAGGCCAUCUUCGCCAAAUACGGCAAGAUCGUGGGCUGCUCGGUGCACAAGGGCUACGCCUUCGUUCAGUACGCCAGCGAGAGGAAUGCCAGGGCAGCAGUGGCCGGGGAGAACACCAGGGUCAUCGCCGGACAAUCACUAGAUAUCAACAUGGCAGGAGAGCCAAAACCAUACAGGCCUAAGAUGGGCUCCAAGAGGCCUCUCUCGUCCCUCUACAGUGGCUACGAGUUUGACUAUGACUACUACAGAGAUGAUUUCUACAGCAGACUCUUUGAGUACCACGGUCGUGUCGUGCCCCCGACCCGUGCUGUGAUCCCCAUCAAACGCUCGCGGCUAGUCGUCCCGUCCACACGCAGAGCCAAAUCCUCCUUUGCAGUCAGGGCCUGUUCUUCCUCCUCCUCCUCUUCCUCCUCCCGAGCGCUCAAUGUCGGCUCUUCCAUCACAGUCCCUAAACUGAAGACAGACCAGCUCCUAACAAUCAAGAAGGAGCUGUCGCAGAUCAAGACAAAGAUCGACUCACUGCUGGGAAGGCUGGAGAGGAUCGAGAGGCAACAUCGCUCUGACGGCGACAUGCAGAGGAAACAAGAGGAGGUGUGUGAGUGUCUCCAUGGUGAUGCAGCAGACUUCUCCGGUGGAGAGGAGGCGGAAGGGACAGCCGAGGUGGAGGCGGGGGAGAUGAUGGACGGCGGCGAAGACGACUUUGAAGAUGAAGGCACCAGCGACAUGGUGAGCAGAUAGAGAAUCACAUAUCGGACAUUGACAACUGAGUAAGGUUUUUUCAAGUUGGGGGAAAAAGGAGCCUACAAUAAGAAGCUGGGAGAACAGAUGCCAGCAAAACCUUCUUGAUCAAGAAGGUGUAUUUGAAAUUAAAGGAAAGCAAAGACGGGAGUGACUGACAGCAGAAGAAGAGUUUUCAAACUUUGUUUUUUCUUUGCUUGUUUACCUCAUUAGAACAUGACACUCCUGAUGUGUACUUCAUCUAAAUGCUGGUUAUGAAUAUUCUCCAGACUUACUGCAAGAUCAACGGCAAAGAGCAAUCAAUCAUCUCCCUUCAAGCUGAUUGCCUUUCUGAGAAAAUAAGGACAAUAUAUUGUGUUCUUAAUAUAUUACGGUCUGUAUUGUGAAUAAGAUGAGACCAUGAAACACCCUCUUUUGUUGUAAUGUUUGUUUUGUUUCUGUGCGUUGAAAACUGUGACGAGCCGCGACGCUGGCAGAGAGCUAAAUAUGAAUGUAAGAGGAACACUUGUUGUUUUAUUCGUACAUUUUGCUGAAAUGUACACAUUAUGUGUAAUUUAUUCACAGUGUCUCCACACAGUGUUGUACGCAUCGUCAUGUUUGUCGUUCGUUAUACAUGAUAAGAUGCAUUUUGUUUACAUUCUGUUUAUGGUUAACAAAAGAUGACUAUUUUUUACUAUCAGCAUGUUAAAAAAUGUGGCUAUUAUUAUGGAUCAUUUGUAUUCAUUGCAUCUGUUGUACAGCUAUGGAUGAUAGCAGUUUUUGAAAUAAACCCGUUCCUCCCAAAAAAAAAA